AUGGUAUUUGUGAUGGGGAUGAUAAAGGUGACCAGAAAGUGUGCAAGAGAUAGUUGCAUUAGUAGAGAAAGGACUAGGAUCUUUAAAGAUUCUUUUUUUCCUCUGUCGCAGAUCUUCUCGGAACACAGCUUAGAAGUGAAUGUCCGAUGGCUGGCUGUGUUGUACUUCAAGAAUGGCGUUGAUAGGUACUGGAGGAAAACAGCUCCCAAAGCAAUUAGUGAAGAAGAGAAGGCUCGCAUAAGAUGUGGGCUUUUACACAACCUUCGCGAACCUGUGCCGCAAGUUGCCACUCAGCUGGCAGUUCUCAUAGCCAAGAUUGCUAGGGUGGACUGCCCAAGAGAGUGGCCUGACCUGCUACCUGCACUCUUUGAAGCAGUUAAAAGUUCUGACCAGUUGGUGCAGCACAGAACACUUCUCACCCUGCAUCAUGUUAUUAAGCAACUUGCAUCCAAAAGGCUAGCAGCUGAUAGAAGGACGUUUCAG